AAUUCCCAAUGUAAAAAAACAUUUGGAGGAUAUUUAUGUUUAUGUAUUCAAGGUUAUACAAGAGAAAAUGGAAAUUGUACUGAUAUCAACGAGUGUAUAACACUUAACAACUGUGAUACGAAAGCCUCUUGCGUUAACACGAUUGGAUCUUUUUCGUGCAUGUGUGAUGUGGGAUACACUGGAAAUGGAACAGUGUGUGAAGAUAUAGAUGAAUGUGCUCUGUCUCCUCACAAUUGUCUACAAGGAUUAAACUGUACAAACACCGACGGAUCUUAUCUAUGCACAUGCGAUGAUCAACAUGCUGGAAAUGGAUCAACUUGCCAAGCUCAGCCUGGCUACAAUACAUAUCUUGUCAAAUCAGUUGACUUUGGAUAUUUGCACCAUUUUACAUACCAAAACGUCGAUCUUCUUCAAUUUUCAUGGACUCGUACACCAGCCCAUUUUCGUUUCAUAAAUCGAAACGUUCUGCAGGAAUUGAAGACUGGAAAAUGUCUUCAUAUCCCAAAGUCAUGGUGGGUUGUUAUUCUCACUCACGAUUGUGAUGGACCAAAUGCAAGACCAAGGUGGUUUUACAAUUCUACCGGGAAAUAUUUAAAAGAUGUUUCAACGAAUGAUGAUCAGGGUUUGUGCCUUAGUGCUCAGGAAUAUCAUGGCAAACUUAACUUUGAAAGUUUCCCUAUUUUGUCAAAUUGUGGUAGACGGAAGAGCAAGGUGACACUGGGUUUAGAUAUCGAUGAAUGUUUUUUGAAAAUGGACAACUGCGACAAAAAUUCCAGGUGUAUCAACACUGUUGGUGGUUUUUCAUGCGAGUGUAAUCAAGGUUAUACUGGAAGUGGCACUUAUUGCUUUGAUAUAGACGAAUGUUUCCUAACUACCGACAACUGCCUUCCCAAUUCAACCUGCAACAACACAGAUGGAUCUUAUGAAUGUAUUUGUGACGAUGAACAACCUGGAAAUGGAACUGAUUGUAAAGGAAAAGAUAUCAGGUUAAAAGGACCAUUAGGUUCAAACGGAACUGGUCGUGUAGAAGUAUUCCAUAAUGGAGAAUGGGGAACAGUUUGUGACUAUAAUUGGAAUAUACAUGAUGCUCAUGUUGCAUGUCAUCAACUUGGCUAUUUGUAUGCUGUUAGAGCUUUUGAAAUGAGACGCGUUCCCUCUCGCCCCAGGCGGAUUUGGUUAGACGACGUUGAUUGUGCUGGGUAUGAGCAAAAUCUGUUUAGUUGUGCUCACGAAAUUCGAGAAUUUGGCGUUCAUGGCCGCACCUGUGAAAAAGAUGCUGCAGUAGAAUGUACUUCAAACGAUAUAGAUGAAUGUUUCAAUGCUUCUGAAUACUGUGGCCUUACUGCUAAAUGCAUUAACACUUGGGGAAGUUUCAUAUGUCAAUGUAAGGCUGGUUAUACUGGAAAUGGUUUGUUCUGCAAUGCAGAAAAAGAAAUUCUUCACCGGAAAUCAGGAUUUCCGAACUUUGCUUACAUUAUUAUUGGUCUAAUUUUACUACUUGGAAUAAUACUGCUGGUAAUAUUGAUACGAAGACGACGUAGACGAUCACAAAGAACAUUCCAUGAUAAUGAAAACUUGCAGUUGGUUUCAAAAGAAGAUUUACAUUCUGGAAUUGGUGACGACAAUAAGAAUCAAGGAUCAGCUGUUAGCAAAACUGUCAAAGCAAGUGAUGAAAGAUGUGAGCUAAUAGAUCAAGAUGAACUCAAUAAAGUCACUGAAUGCUAGAGCAUUUGAGGUUUUGAAAAAGUGAUUAUUGACAACAGUCAUUUUACAAUUCAUUAUGCAUGUUUAGCUAUAAUAAGUCUAGUAAUUUUUUUUUUAGUUUACUUUUUAGUACAACUCAGCUUGUUAUCGUAGUUUCUAAUUUCUAGAAAAUUAUACUUUUCAAAUUUAGUCAAAUAAAUAAUCCGUAGUUUUAGGAGCCUGAAAUCAGAUAGAGAAAGAAACUGUUUGUGAAAACAAGCAUAUAAUUAUGCACUUUGCGGACAGGAUGCUUUAAUUUUCAGCUUCGUACCAUGACAAUAAACUGCUUGAUA